AUGGCUUCCGUAGCUGUGACGACCCCCAUCAAGUCCCACAAGGGACUCUUCUCUGCCCGGACCGCUGGCGGACGGAUGCCCUUGACUCCCUCUCCUCGUCAACAGACAUCGACCAAUGUCCCCGUCAACUUGAACUCGUCUCCCUUCACCCCCGAGCGACAGUCCAGCAAUGACUUUAGGGUCAACGGCCGCUCCACCUAUGGCGGCAACCUCAUGUCUCACCUUGCCCGAUCGACCUCCAAGGCUUCGCACCGGGACUCCCCCAAGUCCAACAUUGCCCGUGGUGUUCAGACUCCCCGCAAGGCUCUCGAGCUGGGCGUUUCUGACUUCACUCUUACCGGUACCGGCAACAACACCAAGACCCCUUCCAGUACAAAGUCCAAGAAGAGCAUCCGUGGCAAGCCCACCAAGACCACUCUCAACUACGGCGGCGACCGUUUCAUCCCCAACCGUGGCGCCAGCUCGGCCAUCGCCAACGCUGGCUCUGGCAAGCUGGAUCUGUCUGAUCGGCAACGACCUAAGAGCAGCAGCACUGACAGCUCCUCCUCGGUUCUUUCCACUGCUGCUGACGAGGCCAUGGCUGCUCUCGAGAACCUGAACAUCAACGACGACGAUGAGCCUGACAACUACUCCCGACCUUCUCCCAACACUGUUGCCUACCAAGACUCCCUGGCCAACGCUUGCGGCGUGAGCCUCAACACCCGUAUCCUGGAGUUCAAGCCCGCCGCCCCUGAGUCUUCCAAGCCCAUCGAUCUGCGACAGCAGUACAACCGACCUCUCAAGUCUGCCACCUCCAGCUCUGCCCAGCUGCGACGCCGCAUCGCUACCGCCCCUGAGCGUGUCCUUGAUGCCCCCGGUCUGGUCGACGACUACUACCUCAACCUUCUUGACUGGAGCUCCGGCAACCAGGUUGCCAUUGGUCUUGAGCGCAACGUCUACGUCUGGUCUGCCGAUGAGGGCAGUGUGAGCUGCCUGCUUGAGACCACCCCCGACACCUACGUCAGCAGUGUCAAGUGGUCUGGCGAUGGCGCCUACGUCAGUGUUGGCCUGGGAACCGGUGAGGUUCAGAUCUGGGAUGUCGCUGAGGGCCAGAAGAUCCGCAGCAUGUUCGGCCAUGAGACCCGCGUUGGUGUCAUGGGCUGGAACAAGCACCUUCUCUCCACCGGUGCCCGCAGCGGCCUCGUCUUCAACCACGAUGUCCGCAUCGCCGAGCACAAGGUUGCUGAGCUUGUCUCUCACACUUCUGAGGUCUGCGGUCUUGAGUGGCGCUCCGAUGGUGCUCAGCUCGCUACUGGCGGCAACGACAACCUCGUCUCCAUCUGGGACGCUCGAUCUCUGUCUGUUCCCAAGUUCACCAAGACCAACCACAAGGCUGCCGUCAAGGCUCUUGCCUGGUGCCCCUGGAACAUGAACCUACUCGCCACUGGCGGUGGUUCUUAUGACCGUCACAUCCACUUCUGGAACUCGACCUCUGGCGCUCGCGUCAACAGCAUCGACACCGGCUCUCAGGUCACCUCCCUCCGCUGGAGCCCCCACCACCGCGAGAUUGUCAGCUCUAGCGGUUUCCCCGACAACUCUCUCAGCAUCUGGAGCUACCCUACUCUCGUCCGAACUGUCGAGAUCCCUGCCCACGAGAGCCGAGUCCUCCACAGCAGCCUGAGCCCCGACGGCCAGAUGCUGGCUACUGCUGCUGCUGAUGAGAGCUUGAAGUUCUGGAAGAUCUUUGAGAAGAAGGCUGGUGCCUCCGCUGGCAUCGGUGCCUCUGGUGCCUCCAGCAAGGCCUCCAUGGCCAAGCAGAUGACUAUCCGAUAA